AUGGCAUCUAGGGUUCGACCAGCACUAUCUGAUAAUGAGUUGGUUGACAUCUUUAUGGGCACGCUGCAUGGGCUGUAUUUUGAGAAAAUGAUUGGCAGUCCAUCAACAAAUUUCACCGAUAUGGUCACAAUUGGGGAACGUGUUAAGAGUGGGCUAAAAUCGGGGAAAAUAACAGACACGGUCGUGUCACAGUCAGUCAACAAGAGAGCGUAUUGCGGCUUCACGAAGAAGAAGGAGGGGGAAGCAAAUGUUGUGAUGGCGAAGGCUCGCCCCCGACAUCGAAGAGACAAUCGACCAUCAACAUCCAAUCAGAGAAAUCCAAACCAACAAUAUAACCGAGCACAGAAUCGAGGGAAUUUUUUUGGGAACCACCCCCAGUUUGACAAAAUCCCGGUGCCGUACUCCGAAUUAGUCCCCUAUCUGGUUGAUGUGGGGGCAAUCAUACCAAAGGAAUUUCCCGUGGCCACUCCUCCAUUCCGCAACAACCACGGUCCUAAUGCUUCUUGUGCGUAUCAUGCUGGAUUCAUAGGACACUCCACAGAAAAUUGUUGGGCACUUAAGUGCAAAAUUCAAGAUUUGAUCAACCAGAACAUCCUGGCCUUCUCCGAAGAAAAACCGAAUGUAAAGAUCAAACCUUUGCUGAAUCAUAAUAGCGCGUCAGUCAACGUCGAGAUUGAGGAGGUAAAGGCCGAAGUCGUACUGAAAGUUGAAGAGGUGAAGACUCUGAUGUCUGUUGUGGUACAAAAACUUGAACAGUUUGGGUUUUUAGAAGAGGUGCAUGAAGAUUGUACAGUAUGCGAGUGUGAUCCCGAUAGUUGCGAGCAGUUAAAAGGGUGCGUGCAGGCACUAAUGGACCAAGGUUUAAUACAGUUCUUUAAAGCUCAAGUAGAAAAAGAGGUGGCAAUAAUUGAACCAAUAACUAUUGUAUACAGAAAAAAGAAGGUUGAAGCUCCUCCCAAGAGGAUUCAUCUUAUCCAUUUCCGCGUCCCAACUCCAUUUCCGUAUCAGAACACCAAGGCAGUGCCUUGGAAUUAUAAGACUACAACAUAUUUUGGAGGGAAAGAAAUAUGCAUUCCUGAUACAAAGAUCGUCAAUAUCGCUGGAGCGGGAGGCAUUACUCGAAGUGGCCGUGUAUUCGCUCCUAAAUACACUCCUAGGGUGUCUCCAGCACCCACAGUUGUCUCACCUAAAGAGAAGGCAACUCCUACACCGACUUCGCAGGCAAAGACGACUGUACCCGCCACUCUGACCGUGGCGACUACUCCAGUAGUGACGAGAGUUAUUGACAAUUACAAAGCUGUAGGGGCCGAAGUCUCCAAAGGGAAAGGGACGAUGUUUGAAAAAGAACAGUCUGAUGAUCACAAGAAGAGUAUCACCUUUGAGGAAAGUCAGGAGUUCCUAAAAAAUGAUCAGAAAAAGUGA